AUGUCUAUUCAUAUUUAUCUAUAUCUAUUCAUAUCUAUCUAUCUAUCUAUAUAUAUAUAUAUAUUUAAUUCUUUUCAUAUCUAUCUAUCUAUCUAUGCCUAUUCAUCUAUCUCUUCUAUUCAUAUCUAUCUAUCUAUCUAUCUAUCUCAGUCUGUUCAUAUAUAUCUAUCUAUCUAUCCCUUGCUAUUUAUCUCAUUUUGUUCAUAUCUAUCUAUCUAUCUAUCUAUCUAUCUAUCUUAUUCUCUUCCUAUCUAUCUAUCUGACUGUUUUUCUCUUUUUUUCUUUUUUUUUUUUCUCGACUGUUCAUAUCUAUCUAUCUAUCUCAGUCUCUUAUCUAUCUGGUUUUUUUUCUUUCUUUCUUUCUUUCUUUCUUCUGAUCUGUCUAUCUAUUGCUUUCUUUUUUCUUUCUUUCUUCGACUGAUCUAUUUAUCUAUCUAUCUAUCUCAGUCUGUUGCUACCUAUCUCAUCUCUUAUCUAUCUGUUUUUUUUUCUUUCUUUCUUUCUUUCUUUCUUUCUUUCUUUCUUUCUUCUGAUCUGUCUAUCUAUUGCUUUCUUUUUUCUUUCUUUCUUCUACUGAUCUAUUUAUCUAUCUAUCUAUCUAUCUCAGUCUGUUGCUACCUAUCUCAGUCAGUUCCUAUCUAUCUAUCUAUCUAUCUAUCUUAUUCUCUUCCAUACCUAUCUAUCUGUGUUUUUCUCUUUUUUUUUUCUUUUUUUUUUCGACUGUUCAUAUUUAUCUAUCUAGCCCAGUCUGUUCAUAUCUAUCUAUCUAUCUAUCUAUCUAUCUAUCUAUCUAUCUAUCUCAGUCUCUUAUCUAUCUGUUUUUUUUUUCUUUCUUUCUUUCUUUCUUCUGAUCUGUCUAUCUAUUGCUUUCUUUUUUCUUUCUUUCUUCGACUGAUCUAUUUAUCUAUCUAUCUAUCUAUCUCAGUCUGUUGCUACCUAUCUCAGUCAGUUCCUAUCUAUCUAUCUAUCUAUCUCAGUCUGUUCAUAUAUAUCUAUCUAUCUAUCCAGUUCUCUCUAUACCAAUCUAUUGCUAUUUAUCUCAUUUUGUUCAUAUCUAUCUAUCUAUCUAUCUAUCUAUCUAUCUAUUUAUCUAUCUAUCUAUCUAUCUCAGUCUAUCUAUCUGUUUUUUUUUUCUUUCUUUCUUCUGAUCUGUCUAUCUAUUGCUUUCUUUUUUCUUUCUUUCUUCGACUGAUCUAUUUAUCUAUCUAUCUAUCUAUCUAUCUCAGUCUGUUGCUACCUAUCUCAGUCUGUUCCUAUCUAUCUAUCUAUCUAUCUAUCUAUCUUUUAUUUUUUCCUAACAUUUCCCUUAAUCUUUUUCUUCUUCUUCUUGUCAGUUUCUGCCUUUCUGUCAUCACUUCAUAUAUGAUUGAUUUUCCACUGCCCCACUCUUUUUCUUUUUUCUUUUUUUUUUCACCCUUACCCUGUGAGAUGUUGCUUCAUGAGAUGCUCUCCUGGGUCUGGAAUUUACUGCCGUCCUUCAUCAUGAGUCAUCCCUUCAGAACUCAAUUCCACCCCCAAUAA